GCCAGCAUUAACCACAUAGUUGGAUGAUAACACCAAGCAACAACUAACAAAGGUCUGUUUGGUAAUUUUAUACAUUCAAGUUCUCCUCUCUCCAAGAAAGACAAAAAGUAGCAUAUAUUUAGAGAGAGAAUCACCCACACAUAGUGUAUAUUUUAGAUAGAGAAUUAGAGACCUUAAUCAUACAAGUUUCAAGCUAUAGAAAGAAAGUAAAACAGAUGGAGGGCAAGGAAGAGGAACAGAAAAAGAUUUUGCAAAUGAGGGUUUUGGUCGAAAAGCAGGAUCCUGCCUCCAAGGAGUGUGAUGAUGUGACAAUCAGAAGAUUUCUUCGUGCUCGUGAUCUGGAUAUAGACAAAGCAAGUGCUAUGUUUUUAAAGUACCUGAAAUGGAGAAGAACAUUUGUUCCAAAUGGUUGCAUCUCUGCAUCAGAAAUCCSCAAUGAAAUAGCACAAAACAAGUUGUUCAUGCAAGGAAGGGAUAAAAGUGGACGCCUGAUAACUGUUGUGUUUGGUGGCAGACAUUACCACAACAAAAUAGGAGGUCUGGAAGAGUUCAAGCGUUUUGUCGUCUUCACACUAGAAAAAAUAUCUUCAAGGAUGCCUCCAGGCCAGGAAAAGUUUGUGGCUAUCGCAGAUAUUCAGGGAUGGGGAUAUUCAAACAGUGAUAUGCGUGGAUAUCUUGCCUCGCUCUCUAUUUUGCAGGAUUAUUAUCCGGAAAGACUUGGAAAAAUGUUUGUUGUGCAUGUUCCUUACAUAUUUAUGGCAGCAUGGAAGAUGGUGUAUCCUUUUAUUGAUGAAAAAACAAAGAAAAAGAUCGUAUUUGUUGAAAAUAAGCAGCUGAGAUCUACACUUCUGAAAGACAUUGACGAGAGCCAACUUCCAGAAAUUUAUGGAGGCAAAUUGAAAUUGGUACCCAUCCAAGAUAGCUAGUUUAGUCAACAGUGCACUCAUUCCAUUUAUCUCUUCAUCUUGUUCUUCCUCCUAAGAUCAUUAUAUACCGGAUAUGGUUGCAAGUACCUGUUGUUUGUAAUGUGAAAUGCUAUGAAAAUGGUUGGAUUCAGAAAACUAUAAAUUUUGCAGGC